CACUUAGGAUACUAAUAUUGGGUGCCUAUGUAGAUUCAUUAAUCGUGACCGUGGUGCCCGGAGAUCCGCGAUUCUCGUCCCACUAGCGGUGUUUCCGUCACUUGCGUGGUAUUAUCGUGAUGUACACGAUUGGUUGGCCCACUUGAAUUGGACCCGUAGUACGCGGAAGUUCACGAUUCGCAUCUUCUAAUCGGCCACAUCAUGAUGCGUCACGCUAGUGAUUUAAAUUGCUGACGUCAAGGUGGAGUUCUAUUAGGCCAACGUAAAUUACGUCAAGCUUCAUGUCUGGUACUCUACCUCCAGUUCUCCCAGGUCCUCGUCGCAUCGUAACUUCGCAUGAUAGCGACGGACAAGCCGUGGUUUCAGUUGAUGGAACAGUUGAUUCAUCGGUGAUGUUAGAAGGCUUGCAUGGUCAUCGAACGGGCAGAUUCUGGGCUUCUACUGAUGGUCUGCCAACGAAUGAUAACAAUUGUUCGGAGGACGGCGGAGCCCGUCAAGUGGGCGACUUCGGAUUAUUUGCAAGUAAUACGACCAACUUCAUAUACAGUGACCUUGGUCCUGGAGUUCGCACUCCGAUGCAUCGGACUCCCUCUAUCGACUAUAAUAUCCUGAUCCGUGGUGAACUCAUUUUGAUAACAGACGAUGGGAAAGAAACGCACCUCAAGAACGCAGGAGAUGUUGUGAUUCAGAAGGGGACAAAUCACGCCUGGAGAAACCCUGGGAAUGAAUGGACACGGUGGGCGACCGUUCUGGUCGAUGCCAAACCAGCGGUGGUAAAUGGACAGGAGCUGGGAUUGCUUUUGGAGAUGGACAAGUAAAUUCGGAAGGUCUGCAUCACCGAAAUAUGGAACAUUCAAAGUCUGAGCAUCGUUUGCGUAUUAUAAGUAGUAUCUGAUAACAAUGCACGUACUAGCUGUUCGUGCGAGGAAAACGAUCUUUCCUCCUUUGUUACACUAGUA